GUAAAGGACUAUUUCAACAAAUAUCAUAGGUAUACAAAAUUCCUUAUCAAUUUAAUGAACUACAUAGUAGGGAACGUAUACAUCAAAAAGUGGCUAACGAGAUAUAAUGUUCCAAUGGAAUUACAUUCUGAUCAGGGUAAGAACUUCGAACUACUGCUUUAAGACAAGCGCCCAACGCUAAGGACAAUUGUUAUAAAUCUCGAUUGGAAUCGCCUGCGGUGCCUUAAGAUUUUCGAUUUAAGUUAAUUUUUGGAUCGAAAUUGGCGAAGGUUGAACAAUAUCCAUGUUAUAUUCAUAAAUCCACGUCUCCGUACCGUUCUCAGCUACGUUGUCUGACAUCUUCUCUACAUCAACCGCUACUCGACGUCUUUUUGGAAAAAGAUUCAGGGCUUUUGGUACGAGCAGAGAUAAAGAGAUGACCAACUCUCCUAUCACUUGAAACUGGGAGCGUAAAGAUUUUGUCAUUUGACUGGAUCGGCAAUGGAAUCUAAACUAAUUUGGAUAAUAGCAAUAUUUUAUUCAACUCUUCAACAUAUCAGUUCCGCUUCAUCACCCUUGAAACGACCCCGAGCAGGAGAUCCCUUUGACACAUUUCCAAAAAAUUUUUGGCAAGAAUUCUCCUCCCCAUUUACGGACACACCCGAAGAUGAGGAGGCUGAAAUAACGGAAACCACAACUCACGAACCGUUUCCUUUCUUUGCUGAUCCAUAUACAACUGUAAACGUCAGUACGCAAUUAAGUUCGAAUGUACAUCUACAUUGUAGAGUCAACGACUUACAAGGAAAAACGGUAUCGUGGAUGCGGCGCAAAGGUGAUGAGUUGGCCCUGAUCACAUUCGGUCUUCACACGUACAGUGGUGACGCAAGGUAUUCCUUGGAGUUCGAAGAGCCAAAUGACUGGAAGCUUUCAAUACAAUAUGCAAAUGAACAUGACGAAGGACCGUACGAGUGUCAAGUCUCUUCACAUCCGCCUUUAGUAUUGUUAGUAUAUUUAACUGUAAUUGUUCCUCAUGUGGAAAUACUCGAUGAACGAGAUUCAGCCACUCCUGAGAAGUAUUAUAAAGCUGGAAGUACCAUUGAACUGAAAUGUGUAAUUUCGAAAAUACCGCAGCCGUCAUCGUACAUCACUUGGCAGCAUGGUAAGCGAAUGCUGAACUAUGACACCAGUCGGGGAGGAAUCAGCGUAAAGACUGACAUGCUUCCUGGAAGAGCAUUGAGCCGUCUUUAUAUUGCCAACGCAAAUCGACAGGACACUGGAAACUAUACUUGCAUGCUUGGCAACGAUAUUUCAGGAACCGUCAUGGUUCACGUCCUAAAUGGCGAAGAGCCAGCCGCAAUGCAACAUGCAUCAGGAGCUAAGUUGUGCUCUCCGAUUUCGAUUGUGAUAGUUACAAUGAUGGCAUCAAAGAUUUGUCUACGAUGACAACACUAAUACGAACUAUUUGACACUAACACCAACACCACUUGUCCAAAUCUGCAUUUUUCAUGUCCGCAUAAUAAAGGGUUGUUUUAGAAUAUAAAUAAAAAUAGGUGCAUAUUACAAAUAAAUGAAUAGGAUAUGAACCCAACCAUUUUUACAAUACACAAUAGAAUAAACAUGUAUAUAUAAAUGUUCAUAAAUUAUUGAAAAGAGCAAAGAUGUAUGUUAAGACUUUAACUUUUUCAUGCAUACUUAAACUCAUUGUAUUAUAAUUGAAUUUUUUUCAUUUUUAUACAAAUAUUUAAAUACAUAGAAAUUUAUAUUUAUAACAAUUUGCAAUGAUCAAAAAUGUCUGGAGAUUAACACAUUUUCGGAAACGUCGAUCCUUAGUGAAACUAAUGUACCAAGAAUAUUGCGAACUGAAAAGUCUUUCAAAAUUUUAUUAAACGAAACCAUAAAUUAGGUUCUAAGAAAAUGAUAAACUUCCAAAUACAAAUCAAACGAUUAUUCAUAUUUGGUAUCCUUUAAAUGUCCUAACCUGGACAUUUGUCAACUAAAUAUUCACAUAUUAGCUUAAACCAAGUCCGCUACCAGUGAGAAUGACGUCAAAGAUGUCAUGAGUAGUUCAGUUAAUAACACUAAAUUCUAUAUUGUUAAAAUUAAUAAUAAGAAAUUUUCAAAGCUUUUCAAGUCUUUAUUAAAUGUGUCGUGGCAUUUCAAAACUAAUUUUAGUAUUUACUGUCAUUGAAACACAGUGAUAUUUAAGCUUCGAAUUUUGUGUAAAAUUUAGAUAAAUUUAACACUUGUUUUAAAUCUAUAAUUUCAGAACUUAAAACUAUUAAAUUGUUAUCAACAUCAUCUAGGAUACAGUGUUGAUAUUAUAUAAUAUGUACGAAUUGAAAUAAAAACGAGAGGAUUAUUUUACAACCAAGAACAAUUUACACAACUCAAAGCGAAGAAAACCUUUUAUAUCAAUUAGCUUUGAAGUAAAUACAAAAUAUUCAAUUUAAAAUUGUAAAACGAUCAUCUAAGACGACGUCAAAUGCGAGAAUUUGUUAAUAAUAUCAGAGAAAGUUAUGCAUAAAUACAUUAUAUAAAUACAAGAAUAUCUCUGAGGCUAAAAAACGUGAACGAGCCAAAUUUAAAAAAAAAAAAUUAAGAAAAAAAUCGAGUGAGAUAAUGAAACAAUACUUAUAGAGAAAUAAAGAAAGCAUACAAUUAACUGGAGAUCAAAAUAAAAAUAAGUAACAUAUGUACUCGUAUUUAUUUAAGCAACAUUGUUACAUUUUUUUACUCAUACUACAUCCAUAAAUGUGUCGUUAAUGAAAAUCAAUCAUCUUUACAUACAAACGUAAAUACAUACAUACAUACAAGAGUAGAUGUGUGUAUACAUAUGUAUAUCGAUAGCAAAUCUUGCGAAACUUUUCCGCGAUAGCAACUUUAAAUUACAUAAUAAAACGAAUUGUAUUUUUUUUUUUUUUCAAAAUAGAUUCAAAUUUCGACAUUUCUAAUUCAACACAAUUUGUUGCUUCAUACGAGGUAUGACAAUUAAGUAAUGAGACUGAUUCCAUAAAAACCGUAUAUUUAAAAAUUAUUCUACAACUCUGCCAUCCCUUCAAAGUAGUCCCCUUGGGCAGCUAUACAGCGAUUCCAGCGCGUUUUCCAUGCUUCGUAACAUUUCUGGAACGCUUCGACUGGGAUGUCCGCGAGUACCCUCGUCACGGCCGCCUGGAUGUCCGUAAUCGACUCAAAAUGGGUUCCUUUGACCACCGAUUUUGUUUUAGGAAACAAAAAAAAAGUCACAGGGUGACAUGUCGGGCGAAUAAGGCAACUGUUGCAACACGGCGAUCCCUUUAGAGGCCAAAUACUGGGACACGCUGAGGGCUGUGUGGCACGGCGCGUUGUCGUGAUGAAGGAUCCAGUUACGAGCGAUGUCUGGGCGCACCCUGUUGACUCGUUUUCGCAAUCGCGGCAAUAAAAUCAGUCUCAUUACUUAAUUGUCAAACCUCGUAGUUACCAUAUUCUACACCUUCUAAUAGCAAAAGGUUUAAUAAUUUAACGCACGCCUCUUUAUACUAUCUGAAUGAUGUUGUAGUACAGUUUUAAUUGAGGUGAUUACAUAAGAUAACUUUCUGCAAUGGCUUUAUUUUAUUAAUACAUCCAGUGCAUUUAAAUCUUUUGAAUAAAAAUGAGGUGAAGAUAGUUCAAAUAAUUCUAAUUUUGUUUAUAAGUAAUUUUUAAUAAAUUUACGAAACUACACUGAAUAUUUUUUAUUAUUAUAAUUACUGGAGCUAGCACAUAUGAAUAACAUAUGUCUGUACAUAUGUAUGUGUAUUUCAUAUUUACCAUAGAUUAUAUUACAGUUUACAUGAUUUUUAUUCUAGGUACUGUUUUAAUGAAUUUGUAUCGGACCCUUGAGAAGCAAUAAAAUUAUUUAAAGUCAAA